AUGUUAAAUAGAUUUAGAUUAAUAAGCUUUAAAAAUCACCUUAGAAGAUGCUAUUCAACUCAAAGGAAAACAGAUGGACAGGAGUCAAUACGAAAUAUUGGAAUUUUAGCUCAUAUUGAUGCUGGCAAAACGACAACAACAGAGAGAAUGCUGUUUUAUUCUGGAAAGAUUAAGACAUUAGGAGAAGUUCAUCAUGGAACGACUUUAACAGACUUUUUAGCACAAGAGCGAGAAAGAGGAAUAACUAUUUGCUCCUCUGCUGUAUCCUUCAAAUGGAAAGAUUUUCGAAUAAAUCUCUUAGACACUCCAGGACAUAUUGAUUUUACAAUGGAAGUUGAGCAGUCAUUGGGUGCUGUUGAUUCAAGUGUUAUUAUCUUGGAUGGAUCUGCCGGAGUUGAAGCACAAACUAUUACUGUAUGGUCGCAAUCGGAUCGUUAUGAACUUCCAAAAAUAAUUUUUGUCAAUAAGAUGGACAGACAAGAUGCUGAUUUUUACGAGUGUGUUGCAGAUGUUCAAACAAAGUUGCAUGCUCUACCUCUAGAACUACAAAUGCCUUUUAAGGAGAAGAAUAAUUUUAAAGGUUGCGUUUGCGUGAUUGAUUUGCUGAGUUUGAAAAGAAUAGUUUGGGAUCAAAAACAUCAGGGACAAAUUUAUAAAGUCGAAGAGAUAUCGGAUGAGAAAAUGCUUAAAGAAGCAAAAGAAAAGAGGAUGCAAAUGAUUGAUACUCUUUCAGGACAUGACGAUAACUUGGCAGAAGCAAUUAUAGCUAGUGAGAGUCUUGAGAAUAUCGACGUUAAUUUAAUUUUGAAUGCAAUUCGUCGAUUAACUUUGAAAAGAACUAUAGUUCCGAUUGUUAUGGGAUCAGCCUACAAAAAUGUCGGUGUUCAGUUACUAAUUGAUUCAGUAAUAAAUUAUCUGCCAGCACCAAAUGAAAGAAACGCAAUGUAUGACUGCUUUAAUGAUGAUUUUGUUGCUAAAGUCUUUAAAGUAACGCACGAUAAACAACGAGGACCUUUAAGUUUAAUUAGAAUAUAUCGAGGAGAAUUAAAAAGAGGAGCUCGUAUUAUGACAUCAUCAGGCAUUGCUGAACACGUUCAAAGAAUUUAUGAACCGUUAGCUGAUGAAUUUAGGGAAAUAGAACACGUUUCCGCUGGAAAUGUUUGCGUGUGUACUUUAAAAUCGACAAAAACUGGAGACCUUUUAAUUUCAAACAUGACAUCACUUAAGAAUGCUCAAAAACGUUCCAAGAAAUAUAGUGUUUGCAGUGAUGAUGAGGAAAAUGAUACUUCAUUUUUGUUAGAAGCCAAAAUUCCUGAUGCUGUUUAUUUCUGUUCAAUUGAACCACCAAGUAUAAGUUAUCAAUCAGCCUUAGACUCUGCAAUUAUGCAAAUCCAAAGAGAGGACCCAAGUUUGCGUGUAAGAUAUGAUGAAACAACCAUGCAGACUGUUUUAGGAGGAAUGGGAGAACUUCAUUUAGAAAUAAUCAAGUCACGCUUAUUAACAGAAUAUAAGAUAGAUGCUGAUUUAGGUCCUUUACAAAUUGCAUAUAAGGAAACUCUUGAAAAUAGACAUAGAAGUUCAUUGAAGAGUGAGAAAGAGAUAGCUGGCUCGAAACAAAGUGUAGAAAUAGAACUAACUGUUGAUGUCCUGAGAGAAGGUGAAGAGAUAUUUCGAGUAGAUAAUUCUCCCGAAGGACUUGAAAACUUGAAAAUGAUUCGUCCAAAAUUUAUUUAUCUAGUUAAGAAAGCUGCAGUUAAUGCCUUAGAUCGAGGUCCUAAAAUUGGUGGACAAAUAGUGAACGUAAAAAUCAUUCUUCAUAAACUAGUAAUUGGAAGAGGAACAGUCGAUUCUUUUAUUGCUGCUGUUACUGCGCAGUGUAUUCAAAAAAUAUUAAUAGAAGCUGAUUCGAAAUUAAUGGAACCAAUGAUGGCGAUACAAAUAGUUCUUCCAAGCGAUAAAGUGUCUCAAGUCAUAACAGAUUUAGCUAGACGACGUUCACAGAUUAUAGACAUUUCUAUGAGAGGCGAAGAUAAUAAAAUCAUAGAAGUAAUAGCACCUCUAGCAGAAUUAAGUGGAUAUUCUAGUGUUCUUCGAACAAUUACUUCUGGAACGGCUAGUGUUUCAAUGCAACCGCACUGUUAUUCACUUCUAUCGUCAGUAGACGAGAAUUUAGCAAUCAGACGUGCUCAAGGAUUAGAAUAAAAAAAUAGUUUAAUAUAAGGGGCCGUUCACUUAUUACGUUACGCAAAAAACGACUUUUUUCACGGCUUUUUAGUUUAAUCUUUUCUUAACAUUAAUUGAAUUAAACUCCUCAACUGCAAAUCAACCGCAAACCAUUUGCAAAAUAAAUUUUUUUGA